UAUAAAUCUAAUGGCGAUAAUCUGCACUGCUGUAGUGGAGGCUUGAUGGUACAAGCCGACUUUAUUUUUGUGCCACCCUUCAGCCAAUUUUAGUGAAGCUAUUUCGUUGUUCAAAUGAUCCACUUACAAAAUAUUCAAUGAUCGUAAAUGAGGCAGAGUCAUCCAGCAGUUCUUGCUUGAGUCUGGAGAAAUAGUUGUGUAUGAGAACUUCUGGAACCAGAUAACGUUGGUAUCUCUAUUCAAGCCUCGACUAGAUCCAAUUCAGCAGAAGAUGCAGUUCAACCGAAUUAAAUAUUUUAUCCAGCAGGCCAAAUCAGUCUCUAAUCUGAACAAGAAGUCCCAUGAAAUGAAGCUUGAACUUUUGGAUAUAAUGGGCGGAUUCAGCAGUGAAGAGUCUAAGAAUCAGCCAGACCAGGGUAAUGUAUUCAGACUUGAUGCAGCCAGAGAGCAUGUUAAGAGGAAAUACUCUAAAUACCACAACCCUUUUGGAGAAAACAGGGAAACCUUGGCUAGUGAAGUUACAAGAUUUUCUAAUAAGAAAGAGCUUGAUGAUGAAAUACCUGCCUCUGACCAAAGUCAGAAAAUAGUGAUUACUAAUAAUGACAGCGGUACUGCUAAACAUCCGUCUGUCCAAGCACCUGCAGUAAUCCACAGAGACACAAAUACUGAAAUUGUGAAUCAGCCAGCACCAGUAGAGCCAAUGGCUCCAAAAUCGAGGAAAAGCAUUUUUGGAGUAUUUAGUAAGAAAAAUAAACAAGUGUUGAAGGCUCCAGAAAGCAAUCAGCAUAGUAACACCCACCUUGCUCCUCCUUCUCCGAAUCUAGAUAGAGCGCAUAGUCAACCAAAGCAAGAAGACAAUGAUAUAUUCGAUUUGUUGGGAGAUGUCAAAGAAGAGCCUCAACUAAAAGAAACUUCUCAGGAUAAUACUCAAUCUCAAAAUGAUGACCUCGGAUUAGAUGAUUUAUUGAACAUUGACUUUAACAAGAAUACUCCUGAGAAAGUAGUCCCAGCUCAAACCAAAAAGACAGCUUCGACGUCAAACAACCCUCUGGACAGCAUCCUCAGUCUGUACAAUGUCUCUUCUGAGCAAACUCAAGCGAACCAGAAGCCAGAAAGUAAUCCAAAAGGUUCGGUUGUUAAUAACUUCAAAGAAAGCUCAGCUGCAACUGUAGACGAAAAGAAAGUGGCUCCUAGUGACUCACAGAUCGACAGCAUCUUCGGAGGCUUUACUGCCUCUGACCCUGCAAAGCCCAGCAGUGACGAUUUAGACAGUAAGAUCAUGGACAAGAGAGAAGCAAUGGAGUUACUUUCCUUCAAGCUUUCCCUCACAUACCUUGAGAAGGUUCUGAUUGUCCUCAAAAACAACGUCCUCUCAGAAGGAAAGUGCAUGGGCCAUAUGGGAGUGGAGCUCGGGGGAGUAAUUGACCCAAGCGAUGGAGAAGGAGUCCAGCUACAUGCUGAUUUCACCAGAGUGGCAGGAGUUUGGAGUAAUCCACAGGUUCUUCUCAAGAAUGCUAACCCAAAUGUCAAAAUGGUUGAGAAUGCUAAAAACGAAUGAGUUUCAAGUUAUGAAGUGAACCAGUUUAAAUCGAAUGUCCUUUUGUAUGAAUAUCAACUCAAUCCCAAAAACUUGUCUCUGAUCCCAUUAUCUGUCCAAUACAGGACAGCAAUGAUAGAUGGAUUGCUCAAAGUUAAAAUAUUUUGACAUGCCAAUCCGAAGCUGCCAAAGAAGAUCUUUGAUAUUGAAAUACAUGUGUUCCUCAAGGAAAAGGAGAAGCUAACUCUCAGGCAUUCAAAUCCUCACGGCGUGCAGAAUAGCGAAUGCAUCACCUUCAAUAUUAAAGAGUCUGAGCCUGACACCAAAUCUUUGCUCGAAUUUGAGUUUCUACUGUCAGAACCCUUAGUCGAUGAAACUGUGCCAAUCGAAAACAUCAAACUAAAGUGAAAAGCCUCUGACUUUCUGUGAUCCCACUUGGACUGAGGACUCUCGCUCAACCACUGAGAAUACCCCAUCGAUCCUGUGUCUUGAAACGUCGGCAAAAGACUGCUUAUCGAAUAUAGAAUCUACUAA